UUCAUACAUGCAAUCAUCUUAGUUGUCUAAUAACAAUCAAAUUAAAUUAAAUAAAAUCAAAUUGUUCUUCAAAAUAUGAUAUGAAAUUAGAUCUCACUCUCACCACUUAUCUGUAAUCUCAAAACAACAAUAUCAAACCAAACCUCUUUUGUUCUUUUGACUUUGUAGUUUUGUUUUUUUUGUUUUUGAUAAAUUCAUUUAAGAAUCUGUUGUCUAAUAUUUAACUGGAUACCUCAGACCUCUUUUAAUGUCUCUGACCCCAAGAUAAAAGAAGAGAAGAACUUUUCUCAAUCAAAUUAAUAACUCUUUUCCUUAUAUACAUAUUUUUUAUUAAAGUUUUCAUUAUUCACUACCUUUUUCCUAUAUAUAUACAUAUAUAUAACAUUUCAGCCAUAACCAUUGAUACAUACCCAGAAAGAUUUAAACUUUCUUCAAGUUAAUCCAUAUUAUAUAUGUAUGUUCAUUGAUGUUAGUUAAGUACCAUAUUUCUGAUCUGGGAAUUCAUUAUUUUGUAUUGAAAUUCAAAAAAGAUGAAGUUUGGGAAAGAGUUUGCAUCUCAAAUGGUUCCAGAAUGGCAGGAAGCAUAUAUGGACUACAAGUUUCUGAAAGAAGUCCUCAAAGAGAUUUUGAGGUUUAGACAAAGAACCUCAACAGUGGAAACUGCAACAACUCCUAGAGGUAGUUUGAGUAGAAAGGUUUCUUUAUACAGAGCAUUUAGUGGUCUUACAAACAGGUACAGGAGCAAUACAUUGAAAUUAGAUGAAGAUCAGGUGAUUUUAGUGAACCCAGUUCAUCAACAACAUCAACAACAACAACAACAACAACAACAAGGGUCUGAGUCUGAGUUUGAGGAGUUGGAGUUGGAGUAUCAGACCAUGUUUAUGAUGUCCACAGAUGAUGGGGGAGAGUAUGAGGUUGUGUUCUUUAAGAGGCUUGAUGAUGAGUUUAAUAAAGUUGUCAACUUUUAUAGGAAAAAGGUUAAACAAGUUUUGGAAGAGGCUGAUGAGUUAACUAGACAGAUGAAUGUUUUGAUUGCUUUAAGGAUUAAGGUAGAGAAUCCUGUGUUUAAAUUUGGUGAAGAUGAUGUAAUGAAUAUUGCUUCAAAAGGGGUUUCUUUGUCUGAUCAUCCUCAACCUUUAAAUGACCAAAAACCAGAACGGCAGCAUAUGGAUGCUAUUCAAGAAGUUGAAAGGAGUUGUGAAGGAUUAAUGGAUGAAGAAGAAGACGAUGAAGAAGAAGGUAGAAUAAGCAAUGAGUCAAAAGGAAGCAGUGGAUCAAAAGAGAGUAAUGAGAAAAAGGAGCAUAAGAAAGGUGUAAAGGGAUUUAGACCAGCUUCAUUAGAUGUUUUGCAUAAUGUAAAGAUCAAUGUUGCACCUGAAACUCCAAUCUCUACUUUGAGAGGAAUCCUCAUGACUUCAACCUCUGACUUCUCAUUCAGCAAAGAAGAGCUAAAAAAAUCAGAAGAGUUGAUGAAACAGGCCUUUAUAGAGUUCUAUCAAAAGCUUAAACUGUUGAAAAGCUACUGUUUCAUGAAUCAAUUGGCUUUCUCAAAGAUCAUGAAGAAAUAUGACAAGAUAAGUACAAGGAGUGCAGCAAAGGCUUAUUUAGAGAUGGUGGAUGAGUCUUAUCUGGGCAGCUCUGAUGAAGUUAGUAAGCUAAUGGAAAGAGUGGAAGCCACCUUCAUAAAACACUUUGCGAAUGGAAACCGAGCGAAAGGAAUGAACACAUUGAGGCCAAAGACAAAAAGAGAAAGGCACAGGACUACAUUUUUAUUGGGCUUUCUCUCUGGUUGCUCAGUUGCUCUUGUGGUGACCAUCAUUGUGCUUGUACAAAUAAGAAAUCUUAGAAAAAGUGAAUACAGUGGUCAAUAUAUGGACAAUAUAUUUCCUCUUUAUAGCUUGUUCGGAUUCAUAGUCCUACAUAUGCUUAUGUUCUCAGCAAACAUAUACUUUUGGAGGAAAUACCGAGUCAAUUAUCCAUUUAUAUUCGGUUUGAAACAAGGAACAGAUCUUGGCUACAGACAAGUGUUUCUUCUCAGUGCAGGUCUUUCUGUCCUCUCUUUAGGUGCAGUCAUCUCAAAUUUGGAUAUGAAAAUAGACCCGAAAACACGAAGCUUCGAUUUGUUGUCUGAAUUAGUCCCAAUGGGACUCGUCGUUGCUCUGCUUGUGAUGUUAGUCUUGCCUUUCAACAUAUUAUAUCGGUCUACUCGCUAUUUCCUUAUUGUAUCUGGUUUUCAUUGUCUCUUUGCUCCACUCUACAAGGUUAGUCUUCCGGAUUUUUUCUUGGCAGAUCAGCUUACAAGCCAGGUUCAAGCCUUCAGAAGUUUAGUAUUCUAUGUCUGCUAUUACUUCUGGGGUGAUUUCACUAAAAGACAACACAAGUGUCUUGGCAAUGAUGUGUAUAAAGCUUUCAAUCUUGUUGUAGCUAUUAUUCCAUACUGGUUUCGUCUUCUUCAGUGCAUUCGACGGUUGCUCGAGGAGAAAGACGGAAUGCAAGGCUUAAAUGGCCUCAAAUACUUCUCAACCAUAAUAGCAGUCUCAAUGAGAAUACUUUUUGAUUCCAAAAAGGAUCCUUUGAUUAAAUUCCUGGUUAUAUCUAGCUCUCUGAUUGCAACAAUAGCAGGCACAUAUUGGGAUCUUGUCAUCGAUUGGGGUCUUCUAAGGCGAGAUUCGAAAAACCCCUGGUUGAGGGACAAGCUAAUUCUACAACAGAAGAGUGUCUACUUCGUGGCCAUGGUAGUGAAUGUUGCGCUGAGACUUGCUUGGUUGCAGACAGUGUUGCAAUUUCAAAUUGCUUCUCUUCAUCCAAAGGCCUUAAUCGCAAUCGUUGCCUCGUUAGAAAUCAUUCGCCGUGGCAUUUGGAAUUUCUUCAGGAUUGAGAAUGAGCACUUGAACAAUGUAGGCAAGUAUAGAGCAUUCAAAUCAGUGCCUCUACCUUUCAACUAUGAUGAUGAGAAUGAUGAGAAAGAAGAGUGAAAUAGUACCUUUACAACAGAUGAUCAUGAUGUCAAGUCUCAACCUUUUUUUUUACAAGUGUUUUAGGAUUAGAAUCUAUUUGUACAAAAAAAAUCAAUUAGUUUGGUUUGUGAAUAGUGGCUUGUGGAUCAUCCAUUGUUCAAAACCCUGAUUUUUUUUAUUGUUUACCCUCUUUUUGGAAAAAAGAAAGAAAAACUACACAUACAAGAAAUUUCUAUAGAAAAAGAAAAUAUAUGCUAUACUUUGGGAAGGUUGAUGCCUAAAAAAAAGUUAUUUAAGGCAUAAAUACUUAAA